AUGGGGAAUUUCAACUUUCUUCCGCUAGUUUCUUUCGCAAGCUUUGUUGUUGUCCUUGUUCUUGUUUGUGCUCAAGACCAAUCAGGUUUUGUUAGUAUAGAUUGUGGUAUACCAGAAGAUUCCAGUUAUUACGAUGAGAAAACAGACAUAAAAUACAUUUCAGAUGCUGCAUUUGUCGAGUCCGGGACAAUUCAUAGCAUAGAUUCUAAGUUUCAGAAAAAAAAUCUUGAGAAACAGUUCCAAAAGGUUAGGAGCUUCCCUGAAGGCAAGAAAAACUGUUACGAUGUGCAGCCUCCUCAGGGAAAAGGCUUCAAGUAUCUGAUAAGAACCCGUUUCAUGUACGGUAACUACGAUAAUCUAGGGAAAGCACCCGACUUCGAUCUUUAUCUUGGUGUCAAUCUCUGGGAUUCUGUUACUCUUGAGAAUUCAACUACUAUAGUCACCAAAGAGAUCAUCUACACUCUUCGCUCGGACAAGGUUCAUGUGUGUCUUGUUGAUAAAGAAAGAGGAACUCCAUUCUUGUCUGUCUUAGAACUCAGGCUCCUGAAAAAUAAUAUAUACGAGACUGCUUCUGAUUCUCUUAUGCUGUAUCGAAGAUGGGAUCUUGGUGCAACCGGAGAUCUUCCUGCCAGGUACAAAGACGAUAUUUUUGACCGCUUCUGGAUGCCGUUGAUGUUUCCGAACUUUUUGAUCCUCAAUACGUCGCUGAUGAUAGAUCCGACUAGCAGCAACGGAUUCUUACCCCCUAGUGUUGUCAUGAGCACUGCAGUAGCACCAAUGAAUUCCAGCAUAGAGCAGAUAAUGGUUUAUUGGGAACCACGGGACCCAAAUUGGAAAUUCUAUAUAUACAUACACUUUGCUGAAGUUGAGAAACUUCCAAGUAAUGAGACAAGGGAGUUCUCUGUGUUUCUGAACAAAGAGCAGAUCGACACUACUAGUGUGUUUAGGCCUAGCUACUUGUAUACAGAUACACUUUACGUUCAAAACCCCGUGAGCGGACCAUUUCUCGAAUUUGUUCUUAGACAAGGUGUUAAGUCCACGCGUCCUCCUAUCAUGAAUGCCAUCGAGACAUAUCGUACCAACGAGUUUCUUGAUUUGCCUACUGAUCAAAAUGAUGUUGAUGCAAUUAUGAAAAUAAAGACCAAGUAUAAAGUGAAGAAGAACUGGCUCGGAGAUCCUUGUGCUCCAUUUGGCUAUCCUUGGCAGGGUAUUAAUUGUAGCUACACCGCUAACAAUCCUCCGAGAAUCAUUUCUGUGAACCUAUCCUUUAGUGGAUUGACUGGCCAGAUUGAUCCAGUCUUCAUCACCCUUACACCAUUACAGAAACUAGACUUAUCAAAUAACAGAUUAACAGGAACAGUACCUGAUUUCCUUGCUAAUUUACCGGAUUUAACCGAGUUAAACUUGGAAGAAAACAAGUUAACGGGUAUCCUCCCGGAGAAACUAUUGGAGAGAUCAAAAGAUGGAUCGCUUUCUCUGAGAGUUGGCGGGAAUCCAGACCUUUGCGUGUCUGAUUCAUGUCGAAACAAAAAGACGGAGAGGAAAGAAUACAUUAUUCCAUCAGUAGCAUCUGUUACAGGAUUGUUUUUUCUCUUGCUCGCAUUAAUUUCUUUCUGGCAAUUCAAGAAGAGACAACAAACAGGUGUCAAGACCGGACCACUAGACACAAAGCGAUACUACAAGUAUUCAGAAAUAGUGGAAAUUACAAACAACUUUGAGAGAGUUCUUGGCCAAGGAGGCUUCGGAAAAGUAUACUAUGGUGUCUUACGUGGGGAACAAGUUGCUAUCAAGAUGUUGUCUAAAUCAUCAGCUCAAGGCUACAAAGAAUUCCGAGCAGAGGUUGAACUUCUCCUGAGAGUUCAUCACAAGAACCUAAUAGCUCUUAUUGGAUACUGCCACGAAGGAGAUCAAAUGGCACUUAUCUACGAGUAUAUCGGUAAUGGGACCUUGGGAGACUACUUGUCAGGGAAAAACUCGAGUAUUUUGAGCUGGGAGGAAAGGUUACAGAUAUCAUUAGAUGCAGCACAAGGGCUAGAGUAUCUCCACAAUGGAUGCAAACCUCCUAUAGUUCACAGAGAUGUGAAACCUACGAACAUUCUAAUCAACGAAAAGCUCCAGGCCAAGAUCGCUGACUUCGGUUUAUCUAGAAGCUUCACACUGGAAGGUGACAGUCAGGUUUCAACUGAAGUCGCUGGAACUAUUGGCUAUCUUGACCCUGAGCACUACUCGAUGCAGCAAUUCAGCGAGAAGAGUGAUGUUUAUAGCUUUGGGGUGGUACUCCUGGAGGUAAUCACGGGCCAACCGGUAAUUUCACGUUCAAGGACUGAAGAGAACAGACAUAUAAGCGACCGAGUUAGCUUGAUGCUGUCUAAAGGAGAUAUCAAAAGCAUUGUGGAUCCGAAGCUAGGAGAGAGGUUCAACGCUGGCUUGGCCUGGAAGAUCACUGAAGUAGCAUUGGCUUGUGCGUCUGAAAGUACUAAGACAAGACUCACGAUGAGUCAGGUUGUGGCUGAGCUAAAAGAGAGUCUAUGCAGAGCAAGAACCAGUGGUGAUUCUGGAGAUAUUUCUUUUAGCGAGCCGACGGAGAUGAACGUGUCCAUGACUGUUGACCCGGGGGUGCUUCCUCAACCGAGAAAUGAGUAUCCAGUAACUCAGCCUGAUGCAGUCAACUCUACAGAUAAAUCUGUGGGCAUUACUAAGGAGCACAACCUUUUACAUGGAAUAGUCCAGUGGUUCCGGAAGCUUAAACACACUUUGUCAAGUGAGGAGACUUCAGAUAGAAAAGCUUCUGAUGCCACAAAGACCAGUGAUCAAUGGAGACUCAAAUCAGAAUCUGAUGAGGACUCUGAAGAACCUUGGCCAGUCCAUGCUCUAACACAUUCAGGUAACAAGUAUGAGUAUGUUAGUUUCUUGCCUCUAGUGGCAGUUGAGUUGGUUUUCCAACAAGAACCUAGUCUGGUUCAGGCAGGAUUGAUAGGGAACUUUGCUAAAACCAAUUUGAUCGAAAAGGGACAAGUCACUGCUACAACAGCACUUAAGGAGCUUCGGAAACUCAGUAAUCUGUUGUCAGAGAUGUGA